UAUUAUCGGUAGGGGGAGGAUGGAGAUGCGGAGAAACAGCUAACGACGGACAUCCACUCCUCUGGUGUUCCCCACUAAACGUUAACAACGACAGACAAUGAUUGAGAUGUUUCAAGCCACAGAGCUUAAUACCAAAUUGCCUUCUACUUCAAAGAGAUAGCCAGUGUGCUGGAUGGAUAACCAGGAGGCAUGACAGAGUCUCUUCCCCCGCGGGUGACGCACCAACAGUUGGAGAAAAUGCAGUGGGCUGGAGGAUACGUUUUCCUGAUCCUGGCAUCCCUUAUCGCCUCUCACACCACUGGGGCCUUAUCAGUGGACACGGACGCAAACCAAACAGAGAGCGGCAAUGUGACAGACGGAUUUGGCCCGGUUGUGUUCACAAAAGUGAACCAGAUAAUUGCCCGUGAGGGGAACUGUGCGCUGAUUGAUUGCAAUAUCACCGGGGAGCCGUUCCCCAGUGUUCAGUGGUUCAACUCCCAUGGAGAGCGCCUGGACACGGAGACUAAUGGGGAGAAAUGGUGGCUGAUGGAUUCGGGGAUCCUCAACAUCACCAACAUCGAGUUUGCAGACCGUGGGAAGUACACCUGCAUGGCGUCCAACGCUCUGGGCAGCUCUAACUGCACGGUGACGCUGCGUGUGGUCAUCACUAACGGCGACAUGGGCGUGUACUACAUGGUGGUGUGUUUGGUGACCUUCACCAUCAUCAUGGCCCUGAACAUCACGCGCCUCUGCAUGAUGAGCAGCCACCUGAAGAAGACGGAGAAAGCCAUCAACGAGUUCUUCCGCACCGAGGGCGCCGAGAAGCUUCAGAAGGCCUUCGAGAUCGCCAAGCGGAUCCCCAUCAUCACCUCGGCCAAGACCCUGGAGCUGGCCAAGGUCACACAGUUUAAAACCAUGGAGUUUGCGCGGUACAUCGAGGAGCUGGCGCGCAGCAUCCCUCUGCCGCCGCUCAUCAUGAACUGCCGCACCUUCAUGGAGGAGAUCCUGGAGGUGGUGGGGGUGGACGAGAUGAGACACACCUUCCUCAGACAGUCGCCCGAGGGGUGCCGCGAGAUCGUCACCAGGAGCAUCGGGGCGAGAGACGUGUUCACCAUCCUGCAGGAGAGGGAGAUGGAGCGAGGGCGAGAGAGGGAGCGCAGCGAAUCGCCCGCCGCCGACUCGGACAACUCGUCGGUCCACGAGCAGCCGCAGUACAUCGCCAUCCAGGUGUCGGUGCACCCGCAGCUCGCCAUCGAAGGUUGCUGCAGCAUCGAGGCUCCUCCCCCUCAGCCAGAGACCACGCCCUCAUCGCCCCCCCCCUCUUCCCCACCUCCACUCCCUCCUCUGGAACAGGAGGAGGAGGAGGAGGAGCCUGAGCUGGAGCCUGAGCUGGAGCCUGAGGCAGCAGUAGAGCAGGAAGUAGAGCAGGAAGUCAAGCAGGCAGUAGAGCCGGCAGUAGAGCCGGCAGUAGAGCAGGAAGUGGAGCAGGAAGUGGAGCAGGAAGUAGAGCAGGCAGAGUCCGAACCCACAGACGACAGUAAACCCGCCCCCUGCCAGGUGUUCUACGAGAGCCACGUGUGACGAGACAAACGAACCCUUGAGGAGCGAAGAGUUAUCCUGCUAUGCAUUUCCACUUGAAGACAAAAGGUUUCCUGAACGAAACAAUCCUGAAACCUUUGUAGGCGACUGAGAAAAGACACUUUAGCGGGUUCCCUCUCUGGACUCUCAUGCUUGAAUGUACAUGGCAGGGGUAAUCAAUAUUAUUAAUGUAAUAAGCAGUGAAUUGUAAAGGAUCACGUGAUUUUCAUAGCUCAGAUUUUAUGAUUUAUUUCCCGGUUUUUAGUUUCUUACAAUGCGAGGGGUUUUAUGACUUACUCCAGAAAACUGCCUCAAGCUGGUCUUCGUGCCGUUUCCUCAAACCGUGAACACUAAGCUUCCUUCAUCCGCUCCAGAAUCACAUCCAGCUUCUGCUACAGCUGAUCUGCUGUUAGUGAACAACGUCCUGCUCAAAUCGAGAUGCAUGCUCGGUCACUACUUCAUGAUUGUACGGCCUACUGUAUCGCUACAAAACAAACGAGUAAGCCAGGUUAAUCUAUGUGUGUACAGUAUAUUACAGGACCGGGUCACACACACCUCUGGGUAGAGUUUUUGUGUUUUAACUGAAAUAUUUCUAAUAGUAUUACCCAUUGUGGUGUGAUUUUGUUUCUCAGCUAGCAGUUUUAAUUUAAAUAUUUUUUGUUUCUUUUCCUCCGCUUUGUGCUGUUUUUAAUUUUAAUUUUAUUUAAUUCCCGACCUGCUCUCGGCACCUUCUUGCUUCUGCAGAGGCUUUACACUAGUACCGUUGCAUUUUUGCUGCAUGUGAACAUGGACGUUGGGACUGAAAGGUCCUUCUUCCUUUGCUUGGCUAACAGUCCAGUCUGCGGAGGAGAGGAGCUGGACGUGUUCUGCUUUUACUGGUACUCUUAAGAUGGCUCUUUUUUUGUAGUGGAUUAAAUGAAAGUGCUGUGUUAAAAAAGACA